AUGGACUUUUUGGUAGGAUUUUUGAGAUCAGCAGGAGGACACAAUGCUAGAUGGGUAAUAGUGGACCGUCUAACGAAGUUCGCUCAUUUUCUUCCGGUGAAAAUGACAUUCAGUCUAGAUCAGUUGGCACGGUUGUACAUUAAAGAGAUCGUAGGAUUGCAUGAAACCCCCGUAUCCAUUGUAACCAUUCAGACUUUGAAAGAUAUGUUAAGAUCCUAUGUUUUGGAUCAAGGAGGCAAUCGGGAAUCAAAAAAGAGAGUUUUGGGACCAGAGAUUAUUGAAAGGAUAUUCGUAGCCAUUGAUAAGAUCCGUACUAGGAAAAAGGCAGCGCAAGACAGACAAAAGAGCUAUGCAGAUAUCAGACGAAAGGAUUUGGAGUUUCAAGUUGGAGAUAAAGUCUUUCUAAAAGUGGUACCAAUAAAGGGUGUACUUAGGGUCAGAAGUGUGGCUUAUCGAUUAGCUUUGCCGCUCGAACUAUCACCAGUUCACAACAUAUUUCACAUAUUGAAGAUCAAGAAGUAUAUGUAUGAUCCUGAUUACGUGGUCAAUUAUCAAUCCCUAGAUGUACGUAAAGAUUUAUCUUAUGAGCAAUUACCAAUUAAAAUACUGAAUCGAAAGCAUCACGAGCCUGUCUCAUUCAAGAAACGAGUUGUGGAAGCUCAAACCAUUUAA